ACUGAACACCAAAGUCCACUUUCUUGUACCCUAUAUGUUUACAAGAAAGUGGCCUAUAUAGGGCAGGAAAUGUUUAGAGUAAGUCUAAAGACACACCCUGCUGUAGGCUACACAUCAAACGUCAGGCCUGUUUAGCAGCAGUUUAUCCUCCUCAGCAGCUUUUAGAAGAGGAACGACACUUUUAAUAAACUAAGGAACUAUGGCAAAAACUAUUAAAGAUCACCUGCAAGAUACUUUUGAUGAUCUGGGGGAGGAAAAUCAGAAAAAGUUUAAAAGCAAACUGUGCGACCGGAAGACAGAGCCUCGCGUACGACGAGCUGCAAUCGAAAAAGCUAAUGAUUCUAUAGAUCUCGCCGAUUUAAUGGUGAACACUUUCACAACGACUGGUGCUGUUCCUGUAACAAUCGAAAUUUUACAGGCUAUUUGCUGUAAUCAACAAGCAAUGGAGUUCAAAGAGAACACAGGACAAUCAGCUCCACUUGUUCCUUUACCAGGCCCAGGCGCUCCAUCUAAUGAGCACUUCAUCGACAGGAAUCGGACAAAGCUGAUAAGACGAGUGCAUAAUGUAGAUGCCAUCCUAGAUGAACUUCUAGACAAGAAAGUCAUCACAGAGGAGGUUUACAGUAACAUCCGUGCUGAGAAAACCCCACAAAUCAAGAUGAGAGAAUUAUUAAUGGGCCCAAUUAAAUCUGCUGGCACUAAAGGGAAAGAUGCCUUAUACAAAGCUCUCAAGGACACUGAUGUUUGCUUGAUAGAAGACCUGGAGCAUCAGUGAAAACGCCAUUAAAUUUUUACAUUUAAUGUUUUUUAUUUACUUGUUGUCUAAUUAGUAUACAGGAUACAUAACGAAAGCAAGGAACUUCCAUUUCACAAUAACAGCAAACAAAUGGUGUUUUAACAUUUUAACUUGCCAUUGUUUGAAUGUUGUUUCCCAUACUUUUUUCUUUUGUCUUAUCUUUUUAUCACCAGUCAAUAAACAAGCAAUUCAAGAAACCAGAUGAUUUUUAUUUUAUUUUCCGCAAACCAUUUUCGUUUUUUCAGACUGAUGUAAUUCACAAUUAAAAUGUUUAUUUAUUCAGACUCUUUAUAUUCCUUAUUCAACUUUGCAUAUAAUGUCUUAUGAAUACAAUAUGUUGUAUUUGUUUUUAUUGCUAUGUGAGCUUAGUCAAUGCAAUGCUAUACUACUGUAGAAAUGUCACUAGAAAUAUACAGAGGUUUAUAUUGGCUGCAAGACUAGUCCUCCUCACCAUCCUCAUUAUUAAAGGAAUAGUUCACCUCAAAAUGAAAAUUUGCUGAAAAUGUACUCACCCUAUGGUAAAUC